AUGCCAGCUCAAGACGUCCCCUCGACGUCCGGUGGCGCGCUGUACGACGACGUCAUGCAAACGGCCCCGCCGUGGGGGUCUCUCGGCCGCCAAGCCGUCCUCGGCGUCGUCGCGCUCACUGGGAAGGCGAUCCUGGACGCGGCGAACACGACGGUGGUGAGCGGGCGCGAGCGUUUCGAGCGAAUGAUCUCCGAUCGCGAUCGAACGUCCGGUGAGGGAUUGGUGACGGUGUGUAAUCAUGCCUCAACGUUUGAUGAUCCCGGGGUGCUGAGUUCUUUGAUUCCGUGGUCGUUCUUCAUGGGCGAGUCGGCGCACGCGGGCGUGCGUUGGACGCUGUGCGCGGAUGAAAUUUGCGCAAAGAAUAGCUUACGAGAGGCGUUUUUCCUGUGCGGGAAGGCGCUGCCGAUCAAGAGAGGCGGAGGGGUUGAGCAGCCGGCGAUGCGCACGGCGGCGAAUCUAUUAGCGAGGGGUGAUUGGGUGCACGUGUUCCCAGAGGGACGCGUAAGCAAGAAUGGCGAGCUCGGAGGCAUGCGACGAGGAUUGGCAAAACUGUUAUGCGACGUCGAGAUGAGCGGUGGGAAGCGACCGAUCAUCUUACCUUUCUUUCACUCCGGGAUGGAACACGUGAAACCGUACGGAAAGUGGCAGAUCAACGUCGGGAACCGCGUGCACGUAACCGUCGGCGAACCGCUCGAUUUGUCGGAUCUCACGCGCCAGUGCGCGAGGUGCGAGAAGAACGCCAAGGCCCGAGAUCACCUCCACACAGAAAUCAUGCGUCGCAUAGAGAAAUCACUGAAGGACUUGGAGCGCCAAAACGCUCGCGAGCGCGCUUCACCAACCUAA